CACCAAUGAAAUUGUCGUAUAAUGUCUUUGGACAAACUCAACUAUGCACGAUGGUCAAAGUUCUAAGUGCUAAGAAAAAAUAAUAAUAUAGUUAUUAUAGUUAUGGAGGGGUCACAUACUUAGUAAUUAAAUGCAGGUGAAAACGAUGACGCAUGAUUAUGAUUAUGAUAAUGAUCAUUAUUAUGGGAAGACGCCACGUAGUUGGAAAAAGCUUAAUGUGCGCGCAGCUUCAUUCUUCAAAGUUGAACUAAUACUAAUCUGAUAUUCUCUUGAUCUCUUCUGAUCGUCGUUCACUACUUGUUCAUUCACACCAAAACGCGAAUCGCACAUUGUCGUUCACUCGCUGUUCGUCGUGGUGAUGACGAAGAUGGAUCCAGCACCUGCUGCGCAACGUCGAAUCAAAGCCAUCAACAACCACCUCACCCCCGCCGCCUCCUCUCACCGUUCUCCCUCCGCUCUCCUCCAACCUUCCCCUACCGCCGCCGAGUUCGCCUUAGGCUCCAACUUUUCACGUGCAUGGCUUGUUGGUGUUACCUCGUUACUUUUUUGCAAUUACUUUCUUGCUCAGGCAUGCUAUUGAUAUCACUAGUUAUGAUGUUUACUUCUGAGCAGAACAAGGUUAUAGUGUUGUACUCCCAGAGAAAUUGCAGACAGGAAAGUGGAACGUGUAUAGAUCUGCACGCCAUCCUCUGCAACUGGUGACCAGAUUUCCUGAUAAUCCUGAAAUUGGCACCCUGCAUGAUAAUUUUGUGCAUGCAACUGAAGUUUUUCGAGACUACAAGUAUCUGGGAACUCGUGUCCGUGUGGAUGGAACAGUUGGGGAGUACAAAUGGAUGACAUUUGGUGAAGCGGGUGCUGCCCGCAGUGCAAUAGGUUCUGGUUUGAUACAUUAUGGAAUCGAGAAGGGCUCCUGCAUUGGUUUGUAUUUUAUUAACAGACCUGAGUGGCUCAUUGUUGAUCAUGCUUGCUCUGCAUACUCAUACAUAUCAGUUCCUUUAUAUGAUACUCUAGGUCCUGAUGCUGUCAAGUACAUCGUUCAUCAUGCUGUUGUACAAGUUGUAUUCUGUGUUCCUCAAACAUUAAAUUUAUUGCUGAGCUACUUAUCGGAGAUUCCAACUAUACGUCUGAUUGUGGUAGUUGGAGGUAUGGAUGAUCAAAUUCCAUCAAUUCCUUCAUCAUCCGCAGUUAAGGUUAUUACAUAUUCACAGCUAUUUACUCAGGGGAGCAGUAAUAUUCAGCCCUUUUGCCCACCUAAGCCCAAUGAUGUUGCAACCAUUUGCUAUACAAGUGGUACCACUGGAACCCCAAAGGGUGCUGUCUUGAGCCACGGAAACUUCAUUGCAAGUGUGGCUGGGAGCACGUGCACUUCAAAUGAAGUUUUUGGUCCUUCUGACACUUUUUUAUCUUAUCUCCCUUUGGCUCACAUUUAUGAACGAGCUAACCAGGUCUUCACUGUAUAUUAUGGUAUUGCUGUGGGAUUCUACCAGGGGGAUAAUAUGAAACUACUGGAUGACAUAGCUGCUCUAAAACCUACCAUAUUUGUUAGUGUUCCUCGGCUAUACAACAGAAUAUAUGCUGGUAUUUUGACUGCUGUUAAAACAUCUGGUGGUCUGAAGGAAAGGCUGUUUAAUGCUGCCUACAAUGCGAAAAGGCAGGCACUAAUUCAUGGAAAGAGCCCAUCUCCCAUUUGGGACAGGUUAGUUUUCAACAAGAUAAAGGAAAAGCUUGGAGGACGAGUUCGUUUGAUGACAUCAGGUGCCUCACCCUUAUCACCUGAUGUCAUGGAAUUUUUAAAGAUUUGCUUUGGUGCUCGAGUGUCCGAAGGAUAUGGAAUGACUGAGACUACUUGUAUUAUAAGCUGUAUGGAUCUGGAUGAUAACCUUUGUGGUCAUGUUGGCUCAGCUAAUCCCGCUUGUGAGAUAAAACUUGUGGAUGUUCCAGAGAUGAACUAUUCAUCUGAUGAUCAGCCCAAUCCCCGUGGUGAAAUAUGUGUCAGGGGUCCCAUUAUUUUUCAAGGUUAUUACAAAGAUGAAGUUCAGACGAGAGAAGUGAUUGAUGAAGAAGGAUGGUUGCAUACAGGAGAUAUUGGAAUGUGGUUACCUGGUGGUCGUCUCAAAAUUAUUGAUAGGAAGAAGAAUAUCUUUAAGUUGGCGCAAGGCGAGUACAUUGCUCCUGAGAAAAUCGAAAAUGUAUAUGUCAAAUGCAAGUUUGUUGGGCAAUGCUUUGUAUAUGGUGAUAGCUUCAAUGCUUCCUUGGUCGCUAUUGUUGCGGUGGAUCCAGACGCCAUGAAAGCAUGGGCUGCUUCAGAAGGCAUUCAGCAUAAUGAUCUAGCACAACUUUGCAAUGAUCCCCGAACAAAGGCUGCUGUCUUGGCUGAUAUGGAUGCUGUUGGACGAGAUGCUCAGCUUAGAGGUUUUGAAUUUGUAAAAGCUCUUACUUUGGUGCCUGAACCAUUUACGAUAGAAAAUGGUCUUCUGACACCAACAUUCAAGGUUAAGAGGCCUCAAGCUAGGGAAUACUUUGGCAAAGCAAUAUCUGAUAUGUACGAUGAGCUUUCAAGAAACGAUCCUACUCAAAAGCCAUUGUGAAGUUGAGGAUCUCCUUCCCUAUCCGCAAACUGGAAACAUUGGCCUAACUGGAAAGUUCCUGCAUGUUUUUGCUGUGUUGUAUUGUCUCGUGAUUUGUUCAUAUUCUUCUCUAUCUUUUAGAUUUUUGAAUAGUAUAUUAUUAUUUAUUACAAUUAUAAUAAGAUGCAUUCUUUCUUUGGUUUUUGGGUAACAUAAGAUGUCUCCUUCAUUCGGUGGUUCAUCACCACUUAUCAUCAAGAUAGACUUCUGGCUUAA